AACACGUAAAGAAAAUCUAAAAUUCUCCAGUUAAAUUUUAUCAAGCAUCUUCUGUAGUCGCGCACAUCUCGGCUGCUGUGUAAGGUACACAGACCGCAUCCAGUAUUUUAUCAUUAGAAGAAGGACACUUAUUUCAAGGAACACAAUGAAAAAGGCGUCGAUUGUUUUCGUCCUGAUCGCCAUCAUCAUCGGUCUAUUACAGCUGUAUCUACCGAACAAGUACAACAAUCUUUACGGCAACGAUACAGAUGGAUCAAGAUUAAUGAACGUACUAAAACUGGGCACGGGAAUCUGGGAUUUUUGGAAACAGAGUCAACGUUAUUCAGCCGAACAAGUACCGGACAUGACACCGCAAUUUGGAGACACGUACGAUUUCAUAGUGAUUGGCGCUGGAACGGCCGGCGCGGCUAUAGCAGCGAGAUUGAGCGAGGUUUCUUCGAUUAAAGUGUUACUGAUCGAAGAUGGACCCCAUGAAAGCCUAUACAUGGAUAUCCCGCUAAUAGCGGGUGCUCUACAAAAAGCCAACGUCAAUCGAAAUCAUCGAAGCAAGCCAUCCGAUACGUACUGUCAAGGCAUGAAUGGCAAAAGUUGCGCUUUAACGGCAGGAAGAGUAGUUGGUGGUAGCAGUGUAUUGAACUAUAUGAUCGCCACCAGAGGAAGCAGUGAAGAUUAUAAUCGUUGGGCCGAGAUGGGAAACGACGGCUGGGCAUACAAGGAUGUUCUUAAGUAUUUUAAAAAAUUAGAAACGAUACACAUACCAGAGCUAGAGUCGGAUACUGCUUAUCAUGGCACCGAUGGACCAGUGCACAUCAGCUACGCAGAAUUUCGCACGCAGUUGUCAGACGCGUAUCUCGAAGCAGGCAAAGAACUAGGAUAUCCGGUAAUAGAUUACAACGGGAAGAACGAAAUAGGUUUCUCAUAUUUACAGACCACGACUUUUAAAGGUACUCGCAUGAGCAGCAAUAGAGCAUAUUUGCAACCCAUACGCGAUCGCAGCAAUCUUCAUUUGACUCUUCAGAGUACAGUGACAAAAGUGCUGAUCAAUCGUACCACAAAUCAAGCAAUCGGCGUAAAGUUCGUAAAAAAUGAUAAAAUUAUACAUGUGUUUGCGAGUAAAGAAGUGAUUCUGUGUGCAGGCGCUAUCGGAUCAUCACAAUUGUUAAUGCUGUCUGGCAUUGGACCAACGAAACAUCUUACUGAAUUAGGUAUUGAUGUCGUGCAAGACGCGCCCGUCGGCGAGAACCUUAUGGAUCACGUAGCCUUUUUUGGAUUAACAUGGGCAAUAAAUGCAUCAAUAAGUCUACUAAUGUCUGAACAGUUAAAUCCUAUUAAUCCAUAUGUAACGGAUUUUCUAUUAAAGCGAAAGGGGCCAUUCACGAUUCCAAGCGGAAUAGAGGCCAUCGGAUUCAUCAAUACAAAACAACCAGAAAAACAUAAUUGUCUGCCGGAUAUCGAAAUGUUGUUUGCCAGUAGUACAUUUAAAGAAAACUACAUUUUUCCAGACAUAUUAAAUCUAAAAGAUUCUGUACGUAAGAAAUGGAGCAAAUACGUUGGCACGUAUGGUUGGAGCAAUGCGCCAAUAUUGUUGAAACCAAAAAGUCGUGGUCGGAUAACACUGUUGGCUAAUGAUAUUAAUGUUAAACCAGAGAUUGUACUAAAUUAUUUCGACCAUCCAGAUGAUAUUAGAACAAUGAUCGCUGGUAUUAGAAGUGCGAUACGUUUUAGUCAAACGAAAACGAUGCAGGCAUUAGAUUCUCAGAUGCUAAAAAUUAAUUAUACUGAAUGCGAUAACUACGAGUAUGAUUCUGAUGCUUAUUGGGAAUGCCAAAUAAGGUUAAUAGACUCCACGAUUUAUCAUUAUGCUGGAACUUGUAAAAUGGGAGCAAGGGGAGAUCCAACUGCUGUCGUGGAUCCUAAAUUAAAGGUGAUUGGCAUUCAAGGAUUACGAGUAGCAGAUGCAUCGAUCAUGCCAGAAAUUGUAUCGGCACAUAUAAAUAUACCUGUUUUUAUGAUCGCCGAGAAGGCGGCAGAUAUGAUUAAAGAAGAAUGGAAUUACUUGAAGAAUUCGUAACAAAGAUAAACUUUUAUAAAUGUGAUGUAGGUAAUGUAAGGACUUUAUAGGACACCAUGUAUAUAUUUUACUGUUAGACUGUUCUAUGCAGCAUUGAUUGUUGCGGGAAGUUUUCAGAAAGAUUUCAAUCUUUUACUGUUCAUAUGCAACAUUUUUGAAAAAAUUUUGCAAAAUAUUAUAUGAAAUUUUGUGAUAGAAAUAUUUUUAAAAUUUUGUUAAAUGUUGCAAUAAAAUUGUUUUUAAAAUCUAACACAUACAGUAAAUUUUCAAAUUUUCAAAUUUUUAAAUUAGACUUUUUAAAUUUUGUUUUGUUGUUUGCGCCAAUUAAAUGAGCACAAAUUUUUUUAAGUUUACUUGCGACACAUGCUAAGAUUACGCAAUAAAAGUAAAAAAAUGUUACAUAAAUAAAAUAUUGUUAUAAUAUAGAGGAAAAGAAGGUAAUAUAACAUUUUUAUUUUAUUGAAUAAUUUUAUUUGUAAUCAAUAUUUUAUAUUGAAAUAGGACCAAUUAUAUUAAAGUGUUGUCCAACAGAUUUUAAACUCAAAGUAAAAAUAUAUUUAUUAUUUAGUACGUGAUUUAUAAAAAUGUAACGCACUGCACAAUCGGUAAAAAAAAAAUGUUGUGGUAAUAUGGUUAUCCCAAAAAUAAUUUAAAAAAAUUGGUUUAGUUAAAAAAGUACAUAGUAGUUUGUUAUAAAAUUAUAUAUUUUUAAUUAUCCAGUUUUUAAAAUUUUUUUUAUUUAGAAUUUUCCUGCGUUUGAAAACUUUACAAAUAUCAUCGGAAAUUUUUUUUUUUCCUGUUUAACAUUAAACAACAAGCAUAAAAUGAUAUCUCUAUGUGAUCCAACUUCGGAUUUAGCAAACCGUUAGUAACUCAACCGUUCUUUAACCGAUGAUAACUAGAUAAUUUUUUGAAAUUUUGUUAUUUGAUACGCUAAGAAUGACUCCAUGACACGAUACUUUUAUUUAAUUAUACCCACACAGAACAUAAUAUCUAUUAGAUAUCAACUGGAUGUUCUUGCUGGAUAUUAAGGAUAUCAAAAUGACAGCCACUGGAUAUGCUUUGGAUAUCCAAAUGUUUGCCGAAAGAGAGCUGUUGAAUAUUUAGUGGACAUCUAACGCAAUAUAUCCACCAAACAUCUAUGACAUAUAUACUAGAUAUCUGAUGAAUAUUCACCAGAUAUCCAUAUCUACUGGAUAUGUGUUACUUAACAUUCAAAUAAAGUGUAAUAUAAAAAACAAAAUUUUAGCUCUUUAACAGGUAUAGCUUUAUCUGUUAUUUACUGUUUUGCGUAUAAGAUUCCUAAUUUUGCUAAUUACAAUUACGCAUUAUUUUACAAUUUUUGAAAACGCAUCGGCGUCGGCAGGAUCAUCGGGACAAUAACCUAAUAUACUAACACUGAGUUAAUCGUACACUUGUGAUAUCGUUAAUAAAAAGUUAUGUUUGAAGUAAAGCUGAUUUGAAUAAGAAAGAACUUGCAUCUUAAGUAUCGCGCAAGCACUUUCACUAGCCCUUUGAUUAUUUAGCCUUAGAUAUUUUUAAUAUAAAUUAUAUAAAUAACACUCGACAAAAAUUUAACAUCUUUUUAGCUUUAAAAUAAACGAAGUCGUUUCUGACAGAUUUUGGUGCGCUGUUUACGAAUCUGGCCGCAAAAAUGUCGUAUCACGUCAAGUUUACAGCAACGAAAUUCUAACUUAAAGGUGCAAAAAAUGAGAUUUUUGGCCAUUUUCCACGACUUAUAAAACGUCUAACAAUUUUUUUUUUAGCAUCUAGUUGGAUGUCACAUUAAAGUGUUAUUCUUAUCCUUUCUAACGCAUAUUUGAAUGCUAUGAUCCGACUUUUUUUUCGCUGAAAUAGAGCAAAUUGAAUUUUUUAUAUUUUUUAACCUUUUGUGUCACAUUUAUUUGUAUCGAAUCGAUUAUUUUAAAAAUUUGUAUCCGAGGAUUUUUCGGGUCGCUAAUUACGAAUCUGAAGACGGAUUUUCAAAACGACCGAUCUAAUAUGGCGGAUCAAAAUCUCAAAAAAAUUCGGUGGACAUGAAUAUGUGCACAAUACGUGGAUAUCCAGUAGAUAUUUUCCGUAGAUAUUCGAUGGUUAAAGAUAUAUGAGCAAUUCAUAUCUACUGGAUACCCAUAACAGAUAUAGAUGUUUCAUAGAUAUGUAGAUAUCCAUUAAAUAUCUACUACUGAUCCUGCCGACGCCGAUGCGUUUUCAAAAAUUGUAAAAUAAUGCGUAAUUGUAAUUAGCGAAAUUAGGAAACUUAUAUGCAAAACAGUAAAUAACAGAUAAAGCUAUAUCUGUUAAAGAGCUAAAAUUUUGUUCUGUGUCUGUAUUAAUAAUGAAUAAACUUUGUUAAUGAUUAA